GAGUACAAACUUGUCAAAAAUGUAUAUAAGCAAUUGACUGAAAAACUUGGUGGAAGGAAAAAAAGAUGCUAUCACAAAUUAUUUCAUGGUAUUGUCAGCUGUGAAAGUGAUAUGUGCCAAAAAACAAGAAAAGGUCAUACUAGAAUUAACAUUGACGCAAAAGAAAAUUAUUUUAUACAAAUUAAAGAAAUUAAAGCAAUUGAUGAAACUCAGAUCACAGAAAACCAUAAAAUUGAUGAAACUCAGAUCACGGGUGAUCUCACAGAAGAAAACUAUAAUGUACAAGAAUACAAAAGUACCUUUGAAGAAAUUAUCAAUGAAAAAUUUAAAAAUCCAGUAGGCAUAACGCAUAUAUUUGAUAGAUAUUACAAUCUUGUCGAUAAUGAGUUAAAUGUACCAGGAACGAAAAUUAUAGCUAAACAUCUUUCUGAAAACAAUGUAAAAGUUUAUGCAAAUGUGCUUGAAAUGG